UGUUCUAUUCUGAAUAAAAUAUGGAAUUUUGAAACUUCCACAUCAUUGCAUUCUGUUUUUAUUUACAAUUUGUACUUUGUCCCAACUUUUUUGGAAUCGGGGUUGUACAACAUCAAUAUUGCAUGGAUCCGAGAGACAAAAGUAACCAGUCAGUCUGAACAACAACUUCAAACAGGUCACAAACUGAUCCUUAUAGAACAGAAAAAGACCAUCCACCACGGGUUGGGCUUUGUAACAGGACCAAGGCUACAAAACCACGUCUUCAACUACGGGCGCAUUAGUGACCGCAUUGCCACAAUGGGCCUGUCUCUUCCACUAAGAAAUGGGAAGACUGCCAAAUGCCUCAUUGUAAACGUUUAUGGCCCAACAACAAAAGGAACCCAAGAAAACCCAUUUCUUGUGGAAUCACUGUAUGAUGAACUAAGUAAUGCUAUCAAAAUCCCUUCAAGAUGGCUGUUGUUUGUAUGUGGCGAUUUCAACGCCAAACUUGGGAAACUAAGCAAGACAGAUCACGAUGCAGGAUUAAAUCUGUGCAUAGGCUUAUAUGGAAUGGGUAAAAGAAAUGACAAUGGCAAAGCACUAGCAUCUUUUAUCAGUGUCCAUGGUCUACUCACCACCAACACCGCAUUUAAACAUCCUGCCCGCCACCGUACAUCUUGGGUUGGACAUAUUGCUACCCCCAAGAGAACAGCAGACUCAAAGUCCACAAUUGCAGUCUUCAACCAGAUAGAUUUUGUGCUAUGCAAACUGAACUGCAAACCACUCCUGAAAGACUCCCGCAUUUAUGGAGGCACGGACCUCAAUUCAGACCACAAGCCGGUAGUAACGCGUAUCCGAAUGGAAAACGCCUACCUGGUCCAUAAACAGAAGAGAGAGAAAGGCCAGGUCAGAUAUGACCUCACAAGGCUCACAACUGACCCCACCACUCAAGUACAAUAUAGGGAAUAUCUACAAAAUCAAGUGGCCAAUGCACACUAUGACAACAACCCAAAUAAAGCAUUGGAUACCUUAUUGAAGUGCAUGCAUAUAUCUGCUGCCAACACCCUAGGAGUGCUUAAGAGCAACAAGCACAGACAACAUACUGAAGACCCCCAAGUUGCAGAGCUGUCAGAGAAACAAAAAGCCCUAAGACUAUGCAUAUACCAAACAGGGAAGAGCAAAGACCAAAGUGUCCUGAGAAAGGAACGGAACACCAUCCUUCAGCAGAUAAACAAAUGACUGAAAGAACUUGAGAUAAAAAGAGCAGAUGACUUAGUAGACGAGAUUUCUUCCACAAAUGACUGUAGCAAAAUCAGGGCAACCCGUGCCCUCAGAGUUGGAACUUCUCCAUCACUCUCAGUCCACAAUGCUGAAGGUCACUUUAUUGCCAUGGACAAGGGCAAGGCAGAUGCAAUAGGAGACUGGUUCCUACAGCAAUUCACUGACCCAAAUGGAGAAAAACUAGAACCUUUCCAAGGUAACCCUAGGCCUCUUGAAGCCCCAGUUACAGAGGACGAAGUCAAGAAGGCCAUAAAAUCCUUGAGAAAUGGGUGUUCACCAGGACCUGACGGAGUCAGCAAUGAAUUAUUCAAAUAUGGGAGCGACAUUUAUAUCCUCAGUUUUUACAUCCAUCUUGAACUAUGCCUUUGUACACCACCACCGAUGGCUUCUACUGGAUGAAGGAACACUCAUUGCCCUGCCCAAACCCAAAAAAACACCUGGUCUACCUGCAAACCUGCAUUCUAUUGCAUCCGGAAGCUUUUGUCCACUGUUGCACUCCACCGCAUCAGAGACAAAAUUGACAACUUCACCGGGCCAUAUCAGAGUGGAUUCAAAAGGGGACGUAGUUGUGCAGACAUUGUGUGGGCCCAACGCAUGCUCAUCUCUGUUGUCAUGUCCAAACACUGGGACUUCCACAAAAUGGGCAUAGACAUGUCACAUGCCUUUGACACUAUAAAACGUUUGAAAAUCCUAGAAGUGUUAUACCAGGCUGGGUGCAGUGACGAUGAAGUGCGACUGGUAAGGCUACUGCUGUCAGGUACCAAGCUGAAGGUACGAGUCAGAUCAACACACUCAGCAGACUUUGAAACAACCAUCGGUUUGCCACAAGGAGACAGCCUGUCCCCAAUGUUGUUCACCUGCUACCUUGCAGCUGCACUAGAAACUGUACGGAGAUCUUCCACGAGACCUAAUCCACCCUUCUCUAAACUGGGCAUGCCCCUAGAAAUGGAGUAUGCAGACGAUGUGGAUUUCCUAGACGAAGAAAAAGAUCCACUAGAAAGACUUCUACCUGUUGCUGCCAAAAACCUAAAGGACUCAAACCUGUUUAUGAACGAAGGUAACAGUUCACUCAUGUCUACCUGGCUGAUACAUCAGAGGAGGAUGAGAACGACAAAUCACUAUGAGGAGAAGAGGAAUGGAGGAAAAGUAAAAUCCUGGGUUCCCUCCUCUGUAGCUCUGCUGAUGUAGAGGCACGUUGCAUCAUGGGUAACAUUGUAUUUCGAUCAUUCUGGAAGAUUUGGAUCCGAAGAUCUAGGAUUCCUUUGGCAAAGAAGCUACAACUAUACAAUGCUUGUUGUAUCUCUAUCAUGCUAUAUAACUGCAACAGCUGGGCAACACCAAAGGCAGUUAUAGAGAAGCUUGACAUCUGCCACCAUAAACACCUGCGUGCUAUCACAGGUCAUCAGCGGCCUAAGAGUAUGGUAACAAAUGACACCUUAUACAGAAUCUGCAACACAACACCUCUCUCCGUAAACUCUCUCCGUAAAAGUCAAUCAACUCAGGUGGUCUAUGUUUGGACACAUCCUUAGAAUGCCACAAGACACACCUGCGCAAAAAGCUUUGGAAUUUGCAGUAUUAGGCUCCAGCAGAUACAGGGCCCGUAAAGGAAGGCAUUGUGUAAAUCUGCUCAGCACACUGAAGGCAGACCUCAAUCACAGAGGACGAGGUCCUCCUACAACAGAAAAGAAACUCCGAGAGCUAAGGGAGCUUGCAGGAUGCGAGACGCAGUGGAAGAAGAUGAAGAAAGACUGAAUGCAGCUGUAGGACACUUCCAUGACUGUACGGUAGAUGCAGAAAACCAGUGAAUGAUGAUGGGGUGUGUGUGUGUGUGUGUGUGUGUGUGUGUGUAUAUAAUAUGUAUGUAUGUGUACUGAGAAUAUGUAUAAACUGAGAAAUGUUUGUUUAUUUAUUUAUUUGAUUGAUUGAUUGAUUGAUUGAAAAUAUAUGCUCACUUUGAAUUUGAUGUCAGCAACACGUUUCAAAAAAUUUUGGGACCCGGGCAUGUUUACCACUGUGUUGCAUCACCUCUACUUUUAACAACACUCUGUAAACAUUUGGGAACUGAGGAGAACAG